AUAGAUUUGAACGAGAGAGACGUUUCCCCUCUACUCGUAAACUGAUUACUUUUUACCUCUUGGUGGAACGACUGUCCAGAAAUUAUUCAAAACAAAUGGGGGCAUUUUGGUUUGUGGAGCUGGGCGUAUUAAUAUUAUUUCUCCAGGCUUUCAAACCAGGGUUGUCGGAGGAGUCAAAAUGUCUUCCAGGUUUCAAUUCAGAAAUGUACAUUUUCAAAGUGGAAAGAAAUCACUUACGAAGUGGCCGGAGUCUUGGAAAAGUGGUUUUUGAUGACUGCACCAGCCGUACCAGCUUUCUCUUUCACUCCGAGGAUUCACGCUUCAAAGUAGAUGGCGACGGGACGCUGAAACUGAAGAGGGGGCUGACUCUGCAUAAUGGACAUAAGGAGUUCUAUGUCUCUACCCAGUCCAAGGGCAAGAGGAUCACGGUUCCAGUCAGAGUGCUGCAUGAGGCCAGAAAUGGCCACCACCACAAUCACCAUGAGAUGACCACCCAGCCCAAGCCAGGAGAAAGUCUGUCUCUACCUGUUCUGAACUUCCCCAAGUCUUCAGGAGGUCUGAAAAGAAGGAAGAGGGACUGGGUCAUUCCUCCCAUCAACAUCCUAGAGAAUGGCAGAGGCCCGUUCCCCAAGAAUGUGGUGAAGAUCAAGUCCAGCAAUGAUAAAGAGGUGAAGAUCCAGUACAGCAUCACUGGCACUGGGGCAGACCUACCUCCUGUGGGACUCUUCACUGUGGACAAAAACUCUGGAAUACUCUAUGUGACCCAGUCUUUGGACAGGGAGAGAAAAGACCAAUACAUUCUCCUAGCCCAUGCUGUUGCAGUGGGUGCAGGUAGAGCUGAGGAUCCCAUGGAGAUCAUUGUGAAAGUCAUCGAUAUGAAUGACAACAAACCUGUAUUUACCCAAGAUCCAUUUACGGGAACAGUUCCUGAAGCAUCAAAACCAGGUGAUGAGGUCAUGCAGGUAACGGCCACUGAUGCUGAUGAGGAGGGCUCUGCCAAUUCUGAUGUCAGAUACACCAUUCUCAGUCAGGAGCCUCCACUACCGAGCCCCAACAUGUUUGUCAUCAACCCUGUGACUGGAGGGAUUCGGAUUAAAGCGCCUGGGUUGAACAGAGAGAAAUUUACCAAAUAUACUUUGGCAAUCCAAGCUGCUGAUAUGGAGGGAAAUGGCCUUACCAGCUUUGGCAAAGCCAUCAUUACAGUAACGGACAGCAAUGACAACGCGCCACAGUUUGUGACGCCUUCGUACACUGUGUCAGUCUCAGAGAAUAAAGUGGAUGCCUUGGUGGUGAAAAUGCCAGUGACUGAUGGAGAUGAGCCUCACUCCUCUGCCUGGGCCACCACCUACAAGAUAGUUGACGGGGACCCUCAAGACCUUUUCAAUGUGUGCACAGGCCCUAGCAAGCUGGAGGGCACCAUUAUGACAGUAAAACCUGGAGCAAGUCUGUCUCUACCUGUUCUGAACUUCCCCAAGUCUUCAGGAGGUCUGAAAAGAAGGAAGAGGGACUGGGUCAUUCCUCCCAUCAACAUCCCAGAGAAUGACCGAGGCCCGUUCCCCAAGAAUAUGGUGCAGAUCAAGUCCAGCAAUGAUAAAGAGGUGAAGAUCCAGUACAGCAUCACUGGCACUGGGGCAGACCUACCUCCUGUGGGACUCUUCACUGUGGACAAAAACUCUGGAAUACUCUAUGUGACCCAGUCUUUCGACAGGGAGAAAAAAGACCAAUACAUUCUCCUAGCCCAUGCUGUUGCAGUGGGUGCAGGUAUAGCUGAGGAUCCCAUGGAGAUCAUUGUGAAAGUCAUCGAUAUGAAUGACAACAAACCUGUAUUUACCCAAGAUCCAUUUACGGGAACAGUUCCUGAAGCAUCAAAACCAGGUGAUGAGGUCAUGCAGGUAACGGCCACUGAUGCUGAUGAGGAGGACUCUGCCAAUUCUGAUGUCAGAUACACCAUUCUCAGUCAGGAGCCUCCACUACCAAGCCCCAACAUGUUUGUCAUCAACCCUGUGACUGGAGGGAUUCGGGUUAACGCACCUGGGUUGGACAGAGAGAAAAUUCCCAAAUAUACUUUGGCAAUCCAAGCUGCCGAUAUGGAGGGAAAUGGCCUUACCAGCUUUGGCAAAGCCAUCAUUACAGUAAAGGACAGCAAUGACAACCCUUCGUACACUGUGUCAGUCUCAGAUAUUAAAGUGGAUGUGACUGAUGGGGAUGAUCCUCACUCCUCUACCUGUUCCACCACCUACAAGAUAGUUGACGGGGACACUCAAGGCCUUUUCAGUGUGAGCACAGGCCCUAGCAAGCUGGAGGGCAUCAUUACAACAGCUAAGCCGCUUGACUUUGAGAAGAACAACAAGUACACUCUGCUGGUCACUGUGCAGAAUGAAGUCCCAUUCGCAAUCAGCCUGUCCACCUCCACUGCUACUGUUGUAGUGAAUGUGGAGGAUGUGAAUGAAGCUCCAGUCUUCACCCCAGUGGAGAAGAUUAUCAGGAAACCUGAGGACCUCCCUGUUGACAGUGACCUGGUUCUGUACACCGCCACAGACCCAGACACUGCAAGGAAUCAGAAAGUCACAUACAAGAUACACAAUGAUCCUGCUGGAUGGCUAAGUAUCAACAAAGACACUGGGCUGAUCAAAGUCAAGAGCCUCAUGGACAGAGAAUCCACUUUUGUCCAAGACAACAAAUACUCUGUUAUUGUUCUGGGCAUCGACAACGAUGAAAUCCCGGCAACUGGCACUGGCACCCUUAUCAUAGAGCUGGAGGAUGUGAAUGAUAAUGCUCCAACCAUCGACGAGUGUGUGAUCAGGGUCUGCAACAAGGAGUCCUCCCCACAGCUGCUGUCAGUCACUGAUAAAGACAGCGCGGGCUUUGCUGCUCCAUACACUGUACAGCUUCAGGGGUUGUCCCAUUCUAGCUGGACUGCCAGAAUGAACAACACAAAGACUGGCAUUAUCCUGACACUGAAGACUGUGUUGGACAGUGGAGAUUACAUGGUUGUCCUGAGAGUGUCUGACAACCAGGGCCUGCACCAUGAAAGCACCAUCCAGGCCUCCGUGUGUGACUGUAAAGGAGCGGAUGUUCAGUGCACCGAUAAAGCUGUAACAGGCUUCGGCUCUAGCAUUCUGGGAAUUCUAGGAGCAGUCUUACUACUCCUAUUGUUGUCUCUUCUGCUGCUCAUGUUCCUGCGGAAGAGAGGUGGUGAGAAGGAGCCUCAGGAGGACGAUGUCAUCUACUACUAUGACGAGGAGGGAGGUGGUGAGGAUGACCAGGUGAAAGGGGACUCACCAGACUAGCUCAGAACAAGCCCAUUAGGUUCUCCCUAUAAAGACUAUCCUUAAGCAUGACAUUUAUUUUACUGAAAGCCUAAUCAGCCUUAGGAUUUUUUUGUUAACUGAGAUGAAUUAACAAGCUCAAUAAUUGCUUUUAAAAAUGUUUGAUAAACAUCUAAGUUUGGGUAUUUCUUAUUAUAAUCAAAUUGUUUUUUCUUUCUUGCUUCUGAAGAGUGAAUGAUGUAUAAAGGAUAUCCCUUUAGUACAAUGAUGGAUAUGUGAUGGGUUGUCGUUUAUUUAAUAAAACUAACAUUUAUUCA